AUGGAUGACGAAAACAAUGAAGAUGAAAAGAAAGGAACAUUAAUACUGCCGUACAUACAGAGAAUUACCGACCGCAUAUCAAGGAUCGCACAAAAAUUCAAAUUAAGAACCGUCUUCAAACCAAACACAGUUGCAGGAUCACUAUUCCGAAACCCGAAAGAUAAACUGCCAGAGAUGCAAACACCAGGAGUAUAUGAAAUACCGUGUUCAUGUGGUAAAUCUUACACUGGACAAACAGGAAGAGCUAUUGCAACAAGAAUAAAAGAACAUGAAAUAGACGUGGAGUACCAAAGAACAGAAAAAUCUGCAGUAGCUGAACAUGCCAAAAACAGAGGACAUUACAUACAAUUCGAUAAAGUAAAAAUACUAAACAAAGAAACUCAUUUUGGCAAACGGAUGUACAAGGAAGCAAUAGAAAUCGAAAAAUGUCAGGAAAAUUUCAACAGAGAAGAUGAAUGGAAAAUCAGCAAAACUUGGUCACCUAUCAUAUACAAGACAAAAAAGGAAAUCAACCAACAUCACCGAAAAUAA